CUCAUCUUCUCUAGUAUCACACACAAAAGCUCAUCAAACAAACCGUACUUUCUUCCAAACCCAGACUCAAACCCUAACCCUAAUCCUAACUAAACAAACCACGCCACUUCAGUUCAAUUCAAUUAUCAAUCCAAUUAUUUAAACACCAAAUAAACUAAUUACAUCGUAAUUAAUGCUAAUUUAGCUCAAUUUAAAUAGAGAUAGAUAUUCAGUAAUGGCGAUAUCAAAUCAGCUGGCUCUGGUAGUAUCUUCAUCUUCCAAUGAUAAAAAUACGACGUCGUAUGAGCAGUUAUUGGAUUCACAAAAGGAUUUAAUAAGUAAACAGAUAUAUGAUCUCCAAAACAUUGUUUCAACUCAAUGUAAACUCACCGGCGUUAAUCCUCUUUCUCAAGAAAUGGCAGCGGGCGCACUCUCGAUUAAAAUUGGAAAAAGACCCAGAGAUCUGUUGAAUCCGAAAGCCAUAAAAUACAUGCAAGCAAUCUUUUCCGUUAAAGAUGAAAUAAGCAAGAAGGAAACCCGAGCAAUUAGUGCUCUUUUUGGUUUGACAGCCACACAGGUGAGGGAUUUCUUUAAUGGUCAACGAACAAAAGUUCGGAGAUUUAUCCGUUUAUCAAGAGAGAAGGCACUUGAAUCUGUUGAGAGUGUGCAAAAGCAGGCUGAGCCACUGAACUCUAGUGUGGAAAUACCAAAUCAACCAGUCCCAUUGAACUCAAUAGGUCCAUCCAAUGUAGAAGAGCCGUCUUGUUCCAUGCAAGAUGAGGUGUUGGCCGAUACAAAUGACUCGGAUAAGUAUUUUAUUUCAAAUAUUUUUCAUCUGUUGCGGAAAGAAGAAACAUUUUCUGGGCAAGUCAAAUUGAUGGAAUGGAUCCUGCAGAUACAAAACGCUUCAGUACUCUUUUGGUUCAUGACAAAUGGAGGUGUGAUGAUUUUAGCUUCAUGGUUGAGUCAAGCAGCAAUUGAAGAGCAAACAAGUGUUCUUCAUGUCAUUCUUAGGGUUCUUUGUCAUCUGCCAUUACAUAAAGCUCUUCCUGCUCACAUGUCAGCCAUAUUGCAAAGUGUUAACAAACUACGGUUUUAUCGGGGAUCAGAUAUCUCAAAGAGAGCAAAAACUCUGCUGUCUAGAUGGAGCAAAAUGUUUGCAAGAAGCCAGGCUUUAAGAAAGACCAAUGCCAAUAUUUCCCCGGUUGAUGCACAAGAUGAGAUGCUACUGAAGCAAAGCAUUGGUGAGAUUAUGGAAAAUGAAUCGUUGGAGGCAAGAAUCGACAAUCCUGGAGCAAUAUAUUUAUUGCAAGAGAACUCCGAAAACUCCAGGUCUCAGUCGAUGAAAUUGCUAACGGCGCCUUCUGAUGACUCCAAUACGAAGCUUCUUAGAGGUGUAUCUUCAUCUCACACCAGAGAGCGCAGAAAAGUACAACUUGUGGAGCAACCUGGCCAAAAAGCAGCCACCCGUGGUCCACAGGUUACACGAGUGGUUUCUGCACCUCAGGGCCGUCCACUAUCAGCCGAUGAUAUACAGAAAGCUAAAAUGCGGGCUCAGUUCAUGCGUAGUAAAUAUGGUGAAAGUUAUGUAAACCCUCAAGUGAAAACAGAAGUUUCUCGGCCCAAAGCUCUGGUUCAUCCUAAAGUUGAGGAGCCUGCUAAUUCUUCUAGUAUGACUCCUCUAGCAGCAAAAGUUCAUGAUCAGCCUCUGGCAGAUGUUCAUCCCAAAGUUGAGGAGCCUUUUACUUCUAGCAUCGCUCCUUUGGCAGCUAAAGUUCAUGUUCAGCCUUUGUCACAUGUUCAUGCUCCUGUAGCUGGGGAGCAUGUUAAUUCUGCUAGUAUGACUUCGUUAUCAGCUAUAGUUCAUGUUCAGCCUACAGUUGAUGAACAUAUGGGAUCAAUGAAGGUCAUGUCAGGUGAUGAAGUGCAGGAGGUUCCAUUUCAUAGGAAGGAAACUAUGUUAUCGGAAGAACCCGUGUGGAAAAAGUGCAAGAGGUUGCCGAUAUCUUGGGUGAUUCCACCAGAAAUGAAGAUCAUUAAGGAAUGGAGUGUGUGUUGUGGAGAGAACAGCAAAGAAGUUGAUGUCCAAAACAACCGAAUCAAACGUGAAAAAGAAGUAUUUUACAACACAAUUCUUGAAAUUCCACCAAACCCAAAAGAACCAUGGGACCAAGAAAUGGACUAUGAUGAUUCACUAACACCAGUUAUCCCAAUUGAGCAACUUCCUGACGACGAUGACAAUAUGAUAGCCGAACCUACAGAAGUUGCACCAGAGCAUACAAAUAAUUAUGCAGCUGGUACAAGUACAAUAACUGAAAAUAACUACAGGAAUGCGGCAGAACCAGAUCUUGAAUUGUUGGCAGUGUUGCUUAAAAACCCACAAAUUGUUUUCGCCCUCACGGCUGGUCAAGGUGGGAAUCUGUCCAACGAACAAAUGGUUCAGCUUCUUGAUGCCAUAAAGGUAAAUGCGGCUCAGGGUGGCUCGAUUGGUAGUCUUGUCGAUGGGUUAGUUGAAAGGAAAGCAGAGAAGGUUGAAGUUUCAUUACCAUCUCCAACUCCCUCAAGCGAACCUGUAACGAGUGGAUGGCGGUCAGAAAGUGCUAAAACCCAAUUUUCUGGUCAAAGUGUGACGGUCAACGGGGAUAUUUAUGCCAUUCCGGGGGUCCAUUUUCAAGAAACUAGUUUGUUAACUCCGGCAACAACAGUCACAUCUUUGGGCCAGCAAGCCAUUUCUUCAACUACACAACAAAGAUUUCCUGAUUUGGUCCCUGAACAAAGAUAUAUUUCUGAUUUGGUUCCCGAACAGAGAAAUAUUCCGGCAACUGUAAAUGGUCUGCAAUUUCAAGCUAACUUGACCCAACAAGAAAUACAUCAGAGGUUUUCUGAUUUGGUCCCCGAGCAGCGAAACAUUCCGGCAGCUGACAACGGUUUUACUUUGCAAGGAGGGUAUGCAUCUUCGAAUGCCUCCUAUAUGGCUGGACAUGGUACGUCCCAAUUACAGCCUCAGGUUUCACCGGUUCAGUCGUGGACCAUCCGGGAUAGUUUAGGUUCUAGUCCGUAUACUCAAACAGAGCAAAGCAUAAACUAUGGCGUAUAUGGUACAAGAGAAUUCGCACAGCCAGUUUCAUCACGAUCAGGUGUAUCGAGGGUGAGAAACGGGCAAUAUCGGGAUGAAACCGCAUAUGAAUCUUGGAGCCCCGAAAAUAGUCCGUUUAGGUCUAACCAGUAUGUUGAUGGGUGGGAUUAUUCAGACCCUCAAGGCCAGAAUUACAACUAUAGGCCAGAAAUGUCGAGAAUGCAGAAUGACACUUCUCGGUAUCGUGAUCGUGGUACCAGGAAUGACGGUUCAAGGUGGCGGGAUCGGAGGAGAUGACUUGGGAAUCAUGGCUGAGUAGCCGGAUAGGAGUCUCCGAUUGUUUCAUUCACAUUAACACCUUCGAGAUUUUGCUUCCAAAGAAAAAGACAAAAUUUGAUAAUGAUACAUUUGUAGGUUAAACCAUUAACAAGUUCUCAUCUUUUUCUUGAUC